CAGUUAAAAAAAAGAACAUACACUAUAGUGCCAAAAGUAUUGGGACGCCCCUCCAAAUGAUUGGAUUCAGGUGUUCCAAUCACCUCCAUGACCACAGGUGUAUAAAAUCAAGCAACUAGGCAUGCAGACUGCUUCUACAAACAUUUGUGAAAGAAUGGGUCGCUCUCAGGAGCUCAGUGAAUUCAAGUGCGGUACCAUGGUAGGUUGCCACCUGUACAAUAAGUCCAUCCCUGAAAUGUCCUUGCUACUAAAUAUUUCACAGUCAACUGUUAGUGGUAUUACAACAAAGAGAAAGCAACUGGGAACAACAGCAACUCAGCCACAAAGUGGUAGGCCACAGAAAAUGACAGAGAGGGGUUAUCGUAUGCUGAAGCGCACAGUGAGCAGAAGUCACCAACUGUCUGUA